AUGGAGGUCAUGCCAGACAAGAGGGCAGCAGCACAGCAGGUGAACCGCAUGGAGAUCAUGCCGGAUAAGAGGUUCCUGGCGGCUGCAGGCAACCCGCACAUCCGCCUCUUCCAAAUCGACUCUAACCAGCCACAGCCGGUGAUGAGCUACGACGGGCACACCAACAACGUGACAGCAGUGGGCUUUCAGUGCGACGGCCGCUGGAUGUACUCGGGCUCCGAGGACGGCACCGUCAAGAUCUGGGACCUCCGAGCCCCUCCCUUAUAUCAGAGGGACUACGAGAGCCGCGCGGCGGUGAACACGGUGGUGCUGCAUCCCAACCAGACGGAGCUCAUCUCGGGCGACCAGAACGGCAACAUCCGCGUGUGGGACCUCACUGCCAACGCGUGUAGCUGUGAACUGGUACCAGAGGUGGACACGGCAAUAAGGUCCGUGGCAGUGAUGUGGGAUGGCAGCAUGGUCGUCGCAGCCAACAACAAGGGCACCUGCUUUGUCUGGCGCCUCACCUCGGGCUCGCAGACGGCAGCGAGCUUUGAGCCGCUGCACAAGCUGCAGGCGCACAACAGCUACGUGCUCAAGUGCCUGCUCUCGCCCGAGUUCUCCGACCCCAACAGAUACCUCGCUACAGCAUCAGCGGAUGGCACAGUAAAGAUAUGGAAUGCAGAUGGCUUUACCCUGGAGAGAACACUCACAGGCCAUGCAAGAUGGGUGUGGGACUGUGUGUUCUCCAUCGAUGGGGCCUACCUCGUCUCAGGACUGGUUGCUCCGUUGCUCUCUUUGGCGCCCACUUUCACCUCUGCAGCAUCAUCGGACAGCACGUCUCGUCUGUGGGCGCUGGCGAGUGGCAACUCCCCUCUCCCCUUCUGUACCCGUUGCACCUCUGCAGCAUCAUCGGACGGCACGUCUCGGCUGUGGGAGCUGGCGAGUGGCAACUGUGUGCGAGUGUACCAGGGCCACCAGAAGGCUGUUGUGUGCUGCGCUCUCAACGACGGCACUGAUCUCCCGCCCGCAUGA